GUCACCACAACUUGAUCAAUAUUGCCUUUAUAACAUCAGUGUUUAAAUAUUUCUGCCUGUUUAAUGUAACCAUUAUCGCCCUWUACAGAUUUAAAGUUUUACUGCCCAUGCUACUAUUUACAUUCUUUACAUUCAUGUUUUGUGUUACUUUAACASAUUCGUUUUACAUCACAUAUAAACUGAUUGGUGCUUAAGAUGAAAUAUAAAAGUGUAAACAUAUUCAAAGGACAUUUUCUUAAGUUUAWAUACUGCCUUAACAGAGAAUGACAAUAAACUAACAUAACACAACUUGAUCUCCAUCUUGUYCUCUCAGAAGUUGAUGUCAGGUGACCUCUGGGAAAGUCAAACAUUUUUCCUAAUGUAGACAUAAAUCCUUUAUUUACUUCUCUGGUUUGGGUGAUUGCAUUAAGGGGAAAGGAAGAACCUUAAUCCUUAUAACAACAAAACAGUAAACUCUGAAAAAACACACACUACAUYCAUUUAUAAUAAACAUUUWWAAAAUGAAGGAUCACAGUUUUUGUUUUCUUUAAAACAAAAACUUUUGAAGACCUUUUGUUGGUUUGCAAACSSUUAUUUUGCCUUGCAUGUCCUCAAAAAACUUAUCACCUURUGCACACUGUCAAAGAUGGCCGGUUCUUUGUAUGGGAUAUAUUCUCAUCAUCAKUCUUCCUCUUUCACCAUCAGGUUGUCCUCAAAUAUUCGACUGAUUAAUGGAUAGGACACUGGCAACGUCUCUCACCCUUUUCUUCAUCCUUUGCGUGACUACUCAUAAAGCUGGAGCGUCCUCGGGUCUGAAAGCAGGCCGUUGCUCCUACACCUUCAUUGUUCCACAGCAAAAGAUCACAGGAGCUCUGUGUUUGAACACGCACUCUUCAAUGCCCAACCAAUCAGAGGUAUCAGCUCUGCAGCUGGCGCUCAGACGACAGCAGGAGCAACUGGGGAAGCUCCAGAGUCAAAUGGAGCAUGAAGGGUCUCUUGUCGCAGAGGUGAGAGCCUUGCGCAAAGAGAGCAGCGGCAUGAAUUCCCGUAUUGCCCAACUUUACGCCCAGCUGCUGCGUGAAGUCACCCAUAAGAAGGACCAGGCUUUGGAGCACCAAAGGUUGGAGAGCCUCCUCCUGAAUGCGACGACACAUGCUUUGCAGGUGUCCAGUAGCUACAGGGAACUGGAGAAGAAAUAUGGAGCACUCACCUCCAUGAUGAGCUCCCAAAACCAGGUUAUCACCAAACUGGAGAAACAGUGCCAGUGCAGGGACUCCAGCCAGCCUUCGGUGGCGAUGACUGAACCCCCCAAAAAUCGUAGUAAUGAUCACCGCAACUACAGCGUCAAGGCCACCAUCCUGACCAAUGACGUUCAGAGGGACCAGAGUGCUCCUUUACACCAACUACAAGCAGAAACAGUCGGAGAUCAGCCCUUCUCUACUAUCAGUCCUCCUACUGAACUGCCUCUCGUUGGCUUCCCUCUCACUAAAUCCCCAGGGCCAUGGCGGGACUGCCAGCAUGUUCUGGAUUCAGGCGAGACCACCAGUGGGAUUUACCUGAUUCAUCUUCAGAGUCCCAACCGACUCUUUCAGGCCUGGUGUGAGCAGAGUCAGGCUCAGGGUGGGUGGACUGUCAUCCAGAGGAGACAGGAUGGGUCAGUCAACUUCUUCAGGUCUUGGGAGCAGUAUAAGCAAGGCUUUGGAAACCUAAAUGGUGAGUACUGGCUUGGCCUGGAACACCUCUACUGGCUGACCCAGCAGGCCAAGUACAAACUCCGGGUGGUCUUAGAAGACUGGCAGGCCCGGCAGGUGUCUGCUGAAUAUGACAGCUUCCACCUGGAACCGGAGAACGACUGGUACCGCCUGCGCUUGGGACAAUACCACGGCAAUGCAGGGGACUCCCUGUCAUGGCACAACAACAAGGCCUUCACCACACUGGACCGUGACAAGGACAGCUAUCCAGGUAACUGCGCUCAUUACCAGAAAGGAGGCUGGUGGUAUCACAUGUGCGCGCACUCCAAUCUGAAUGGCGUGUGGUAUCGGGGUGGACAUUAUCGAAGCCGCUACCAAGAUGGGGUCUACUGGGCUGAGUUCCAUGGAGGGUCCUACUCCCUGAAGAAAGUUUCCAUGAUGAUCAAACCCACCUAGCUGCAUUACUGCAGGAAAUCACAAGGGAUAGCACUGACAAGGAUAAAGAAGAUGAAGAGAAAGUUAAACAUUAUGAAUCAAAUGCAUAGUUACAGAAAUGUUUUAACACAAAUGCCUUAGCUGACAUAAAUCGUUGAGUUACGAAUGAUGACUAAGUCAUUGGUGUGACGCAGAUGUUUCCUUCUCUCUCUGCUCAGAUAUAUCUGACUCAAGUAAUUGAAAGCGGCUGUAGUGAAAACAAAAACACUUUUCCCCACAUUGCUGCUUGUGGACUUAGACAGUUUUCUCUGACGCCCUGAUCCCUCCGUGGUUGUUUGACAUUUUUGGUGUUAUCGCCUCAGCUCUACACAGAGGUUUGGUUGGUUCAUUGAUGCAGCUACAGAAUGUGGUUAGAAUAUUUCUAGAUCUUUUUACAUAUUAGAUCACUCUUCCUCUGUCUCUUUUUAAAACUGCUGCUUCUCUCUUGGUCAGUCUUAAUAAUUGCAUUGUGUCCUACAUGCCCUUCUCUCUGUAGUCAUCACUGGUUUUAUUGUUACAUGGAGACAGAUUGUUGAUUUCAUGCCGCGUCACCAGAUUUCUUAUUUCUGUUGGCUACCAUUAGUGGUCAGUGAUUCACUCCAGUUUUAUCAAUGAGAUUCUGUGUGAUGUUAUCCAGUAUGUACCAACUUAGUCAUUGGAUUAGCAUUUAGACAACAGAUAUGGAAACCUUAAAGCAAAUAAAGAUUUACAUCUUGGCAAUAGCAUUAGUCUCUUAAAGUAACCUAUUGAAGCUUUGACUGGCCAGCUUGUUCAGCCACUUUCAAGAGAAGGCAGUAUUGAUCAAAACCUAUGUUGUACUAGUUUCUUAAAAAUAAACACAAUAAAAAAAUG